AUGGCUUCUCAGAUACAUUUCCUUGAUGCAAAGGGCAAACCUUUACUAUCUAGAGAUUACAAAGGGGAUAUACCUUCAAAUACUAUCGAGAGUUUUCCUCUUUUACUUCUAGAGCUUGAAAAUAAUGACGACGAUUCACUUUACAAACCAUACAUCAAUAGCAAGGGCAUUAAUUAUGUCUACAUCAACCACAACAACUUGUACAUAUGUGCCUUAACUCGCAAAAAUGAAAACGUCAUGGGUAUAGUGGUGUUUUUAUCGAAAAUGAUAGAGGUACUUCAGCAAUAUUUCAAGAGCUUGGAGGAGGAAUCCAUCCGUGAUAAUUUUGUCAUAACGUACGAGCUUUUAGACGAGAUGAUGGAUUAUGGCGUACCUCAAACAACCGAUACGAAAAUAUUGAAGGAGUACAUUACUCAGGACUACUAUAAGUUGAUCAAGAAGACUCCUUCGAGGGUCGUUCAACCUCCGAGCGCUGUCACUAACGCUGUCAGUUGGAGGAAGGAGGGAAUCAGUUACAAGAAGAACGAAGCAUUUUUAGAUGUUGUGGAGUCAAUUAAUAUGUUGAUCAAUGCCAAUGGUCAAGUGCUCAACAGCGAGAUUCUAGGAGAGGUGAAAAUGAAAUCUAAACUAAGUGGCAUGCCUGACCUUCGUCUAGGUCUCAACGACAAAGGUAUAUUCUCUUCCAACAUGCAAGAUGAUACUGCAAGUGAAUCAGCGUCAAACUCGAAAAAGAUAGAGAUGGAAGAUAUCAAAUUUCAUCAAUGUGUCCGCUUAUCCAAAUUCGAAAAUGAGAGGAUUAUCACCUUUAUUCCUCCUGAUGGUGAAUUCACUGUCAUGUCAUAUCGCUUGCUGUCGGCUCAGUUUUUGGUAAAACCAUUGAUCCUUGUCAAUUGCAAGUUCGUCGUCCAUCGGCAUAGUCGAAUCGAGAUUUUGUGUUCUGUGAAAGCACAAAUCAAGAAGAAAUCGACUGCAAACAAUGUCGAAGUCAUUAUUCCUAUUCCUGAAGAUGCCGAUACUCCUAAAUUCACACCUGAAUAUGGUACCAUUAAAUGGAUCCCUGAAAAAUCUUGCUUGAUAUGGAAACUCAAGACGUUCCCCGGAGGAAAGCAGUUCCAUAUGAAGGCUGAGCUUGGUUUACCAGCUGUUGGUGACCCAGAAGAUAUCGUAUCAAAGAAACCAAUUAAGGUUAAAUUCUCCAUCCCAUACUUCACUACAUCUGGUAUUCAAGUCCGCUACUUGCGAAUCAACGAGCCAAAGCUUCAAUACCAGUCUUACCCUUGGGUACGUUACAUUACGCAGUCGGGUGAUGACUAUACCGUUAGAACUAAGUAA